AUGUUUAGAGUCUGAACUUGGUGUAAAAUUAAAAAAUUGAUUUUAAAGUUAACUAGAUAUAGUUGUAUUAAAAUAAUAACAUAUAUGCAGAUACAUAUGGAAGUCUUGUAAUGUUUUAAUCUUUUAAAAUUCAUUCAAGAAAAAUUCUUCGUCAUAAAAAGAAAAAAUGGAAAUAUAUUUUUGAUAUUUGUUGAACAUUUCCAUGAAUUUCGUUCCUUUGUUUAUCAAGUUUCAAAGAAAUAGAAAUAAAUAAUCUUCUUUGUUAUUUAAGACAUUUCCAACAAAAUAAUUAAGUACUUUACUUCAAUCCUUGUUUUCUCUUGUUCCAUUUAUCUGUGUCUAAUUUCUAUAUUUUUAUUUACAAAAUUAUAAGAGUAGAGAAGAAGUCAACAGAAGAAAGAAAUGUAAAGUUAUAGGCUGCUUAUAAAUUCUGGAGAAAUCGAUACUUGGACUAGAUGCGCUACCUCUGUUAUAAGUGUUUUGGUAAAAUUAGAAAUUAUCUUUUUGUGUUCCUUUUUUUUUUUUUGCAGGUACAUUAAUACUAAUCAAUUAAAUCCUCUUUUCGUCUCAUUUUCCUUCUCCUUCUCCUUAUUCUGUGAUAAUUAUUUUUUUUUUCGUUGAUACUCUUCCCUUUCCUUUUUUCUUUUACUUGAUAUCUCCUCUUUAGCUAUGUAAUCAUUUUUUAAAACAACAAUUAAUGAUCUUCUUUUUCCUACAAGAUUAGACGCUCUUGGAUUUGAAUCAAUGUUUAAUUCUUCAUAAACAUCUUGUGAUAAUCCAUUCGACGUUGUUAUACGUUCUAACCUAACGUAUGAGUGCGUUAAUUGAUAUAAUGUUUUCUCGACCUCUUCCAAGAUUGAUUCCUUUGUUUCGGCCAUAAAUAUCCUUCCUUUCGUAGAUUAGACACGUCCAGGGAUAAUUGAAACGGUUGAUCUUUAUUUAUUUUCUACAUUCCGUCCAAUAAGAUGAGAUAUUAGAAUCACGUUUAGGCUAUACUAUUAUUAAUUGAAGAUUUAGGUUCACCAAUAGAGUACACUAGUAUCGAUAUCGUAAACGUAUGAGAUGGCGUAGUUACCACUACCGCCACCUACGGUUUAACAGAAAGGUGUAGAGCUUUCACUUGCAAUUUUAUUUCACGGGUAUAUCCAUCAGGAAAAUAAGGUGCAAUGUUCUUAAUUCUUUAAAUUCGUUAGAAAAAAAAUAAAAGAUUUUAUAUAAUUCAUUAGUUUUUUAAUUUUAAGAAUAAAAGAUAAAAAAAAAAACAAUUGAUAUCAUCCAUCGUCCAGUUCAAUUCAACAGCGGAUUAACUUACCUUCACGCAUCAUUUGGGCUGAGAAUGUACUUCCUUUUUUAACGAAUAAAUGACAUUUUAAAAGCGUUAAUGUUCAAUAGUCGUUUCAAUAGACUGUUUACCAACCCCGACGGUCAGAAAAGUUGUUUUCUAACAACUUACGUUCAAUUAAACCAUUAUAUCUUAUUAAUUCUAUUUGAAAGUUUCUUUCGAUUUUUUUCGUCCUACUCUUUCAAUGUUACGAAGCGGUAGCAAGAGAAGAAAGAAAUAGCUGUAAAACGUAGACAUUUACUGGUUAGAAAGUCUACAUUUGAUAGUUUUCCUGUUUUUCUUUUCUUAGUAAAUACUGUAUAUCCUCGAUUCGAACAGAUAAGCGAUUUCUUUAACCAUCGCUAUCGCUAUUGAUGAAAAAAAAGGCACAUGACGGUUUUCCUUUUUCUCUAGUUUUUUUUUUACUUUUAUAUUUCAAUCUAAACUCGGUAUUUUUCUGACAAUUUUGAUUUCUCUUUUGCUUGUAAUAAGUAUUAUCGUUGUUAAUUCUAAAAGUAUGUCUUUAAGGAAUAUUUAAUUAAAUAAGCCUUUGGCAUUCAAGGAAAAAAAUAUAUUAGAGAAAAAUAAAUGGUAAGGAGAGUGACAAAUGGAAAUGUGAAAACAGUUGAAAAUGAGAUUGGGAUAGAAGUACAAAAUACCAUCAAGUAAAGGAGGAGAUAGAGAAAAGGGGAUAGAGACAAAGUCAGAGAUGCUUUUUGCAAUAUUAAUCCAGCUGUACUCAAAAAGUAAGCUAAAUAUGGUGCAUAAUAUAUUGAGAGUGCAAUUUUCUGCAGCGCAUUAACCCCAAUAGCGUCUAUUUUAUUUCUUUUAUCAAUACACGUUUAUUUUUGAACUUGCGGUACUAAAAUCUAUUUAGCAUAUCAAUUAACACUUAUUUUUAGUGAAACCGAUAAUUGUCACACUGCAUGGCAGUAAAUAAAUUAGCAGCAUGAAAAAAAGUAUAAAAAAAGCUUUUAAAGUUUUGAAUUAUUAAUUAAAUAAUAUUAUGAAACUGUUAUAUCAAUUAGUAAUGGUAUAUGAUGUAUGUAGAUGGCGUAUAAUACCUUCUUCAUCAUUAAGAUAACAAAUUCGGUUGGGAUAAGCUGUUUACACAACCAAGUAGAACAACAAAGUUAACGAUGGUUAAGACGAAAAAAAUAAAUGUAAUGGAAAUAACAGAAGCGAAAGACACUGACUCAUCGAUUAAGGAUUGCAGAUUAGAUGAGAUUUCUUGGUUUAAUCGCCUUUCGAAGUUUACUGGUCACGUUUCAAUCGUUGGUUUAAGGCACACCAACGAUAUGAAGACUUCUAUAUACAAAAAAAUAAUUUGGACAAUACUAAUCUUGUUCGGUAUAUGCUUUAUGACCUUCCAAAUUCAAGAUAGACUUACGGCUUUCUUUAAAUAUGACACUGUAACCAUUAUAAAGAAUGUGAAUAAUCCUAUCCUGAAAUUUCCAACAGUAACUAUCUGCAAUGAGAAUGAAAUGAAGAAAAGUGCUGUAGAAAGAGAUGGUUUAAAAAAAGUCGUAGAAGUCGUAUGGCCACCUUUAAGGGAAGUCAAAGAGAAGAAUAAAAAUUUGAAUUUGGACUAUUUACGCGACCAGACAAAAACAUCGACAGAAGUCAACUGGGGAGAUAUUUAUGCACGUUAUGCGCCAUCGAUAGAAGAAUCAAUCAAAGAGUGUAUAUUUAAGGGAGCAUUUUGUGAUCCUUUGCAAGACUUCCGCUAUGUUCAGACGAAAAUGGGAAAAUGUUUUCAGUUUGCUCCAGGAAAUGCUUCUUUGUUCAUUAGUCAGCCUGGUGUCAAUUACGGCUUGUCAUUGACUUUAAAUGCAAACCAAUCGGAGUAUUUGGUUGUCCAUUCGCCUUCUAUCGCUUUUCGUGUUUUAGUUCAUGAUAGAACGGAACUACCGUUAAUGGAAGGAGGACUAAAAGCUCAACCUGGCCAUAUGGUUAACAUAGGUGUUAGAUUAGAAAAGCGAACUUUUCUUCCUAAGCCUUAUGGGAAUUGUAAUAACGAUCCAAACUAUAGAACCAAAUUAUGCUUUUUGAAUUGCUUUAGCAAGCAUAUAACAGUAUUAUGUGGAUGUAGACAAGGUUAUAUGACAGGAAAUGCUUCUAUUUGUUCUCCUUACGAUACACUCUGCGUCAUAAGAGAAAGAGAUAAUUUUACUAACAACGAAAUUCAUAAACAGUGUAAUUGCUCACCUCAAUGCUUUGGUAGAGACUUCAUUACCUUAGUAACUCAAGCAAAGUUAAGCGAAUACUUUUUGGAAAGUUAUGUAUUUAAACAUAAAGUUUCGAGAGAAGUUAUUACAGACAAUUAUAUUCUAUUAAAUAUUUUCUUUUCAUCAAUGACAUCUACUCACAUAGAAGAAGAAGCUGGUUAUUUGGUAUUAAAACUACUAGCAGAUGUUGGAGGGGCAUUUAGCUUGUUGUUAGGUGGAACUAUACUCAGUUUAUUCGAAAUUAUGGAUUUUGCAGUGUUAGAGCUAAUUCAUUAUAUACAACACAGAAAAGGAGUAAUUCAAAGAGGUUAUCAAUGAAUACAAAAAAUAACGAUUGACAUUUGACAUUUAUGAGUUUGAUCAAAUAGUGACUAGAAUAUAAUUAGAAUCAAUAAUACUUUUUAACAAAAUUUUUACUUAUAAACAAUACAAUUACCACUUAAUUAAUAACAGCUCAAGCGUGUAUAGCUUAUUUUAUAUAGUAUGUAUUGAGGCUUGUUGAAAGGAUUCCCAAGCAUUGCUUCCUUUAUUCGCUAAAAUAGAAUAUGUUAUAUAAUAGGAUUAAAAAUUAAGCGUAACAAAACAAAGAAUACUGUUGGGGAAUUUUUUUAUCUGAUUAUAUGAGAAAUAAAGCAUAUAUUUACCAUAACGAAAUAUUAAUAGUACAAAUGGA